UCAUAAGUUUCUUUGAUCAUUGUGUCGAUCCAAGUCGAGCGGCGACCAGAAUAAUGUCUUUGUCCUACGAACGAGUAGUCACCGACUUUUUAACGGUCAAGGAACAAAAAGAGGUGUUUAUUUAUGGUAAAUCAAUAAGCCUGCUGCAAAACUGCUCGAGAGUUCGCGUAGAUGUUGCCUGUUUUCGAUAUGAUUUGGAACAAUGCUCGAAAUUCUGAAGUACAUAGCAUUCACGCUCCGCGGCCAAUUUGCAACAACCAUUUUAACCAUUGGUUUCCUUACCUACUAUACUACUGCUAGCUAUAGAAAGUUAUCUUAACUAUCAGACCAAAUAGACGAAAUCAGAAAUAUUAAGAUCACUUAACUAGGACAUUAUAGUUACAGAGAUAGGGAGAUACAGCACGAAUGAGUAUCGACCUUCACCAUCCGUCUAGCGAGAACGUUACUCGCCUUACAAAACUCCUAUCCCGACGACCUGAAUAUGGGAUUGCGAUUCCGUCGAGGAGAUGGCAUCUUAGGCAGGGAGAGAAAAUUAAAAAUCUUCCAGAUGAGUUGCUUCACAAUUCGGGCGUAUUAAAGCGUCUCUUCAUAAAAAUCGCCGAAAAGGUUAAUCCAGAAGCAGUAGACCCGAGGGCGGUGUUGUGUAAGACACACUCCGUUCUUAACCCCUGGCUCAUCCGUCGCUUUUUCUUAGCCGUCGCUUACGAGGUAACGGUUCAUACGGACGUGCUACGCUCGUGGAAGGGCAAGAACAAUCAUCCGAUUCUCGCUGCUUUCGUCGGACGAGUGGACUCUAUUGCUGCCCUAUGGACAGAUCCAGACUUAUACCGCGAGUGCUACGGAACACCGCCCUUUGAGAGCCACAUGAUCUUUGUUCAGUCUGGUUGUGAGGCUUGUAUUCUAGGUGCUAUGGGUGCUAAUGCCCGCGUACUUGCCGACUUGCGGACCACCCUUAUUGACCGGACCGAGAGACGUUCAUCACACUCAUCACGUUCGUCACGUUCGUCACGUCCAUCACGUUCAAACAAGCGCCGGACUAGGGAACCAAAGCUUAAACGCUAUGUCGACGAAUGGAUCAAGCAACUCACGGAGGAGAGGGCAGCGCAAUGCAUAGCUAUGAGUGAUAGCGUGCUCGAGGAGCUUAGGAAAGUCCGUCCUCAACUUAAAGAGUGGCGACUUCAACGGAGAAAAGAACUCAAUAAAAGUAAUCCAGCUUAUACCGAGUUAAGAAAGACAAGCGAUGGUGGAACAGAGUUGAGGUACGUUGAAGACAACAAGCAUUAUACGAGGAGAACGAGGAACGGGAUUCCUGUAGCUGUAGCCGAUCUAGAGGGCGCGGAAGAUCAGAGGAGGGCUGCGCUGUAUAGCUUGAAAGACAAUGUGAAAAGUCUCUAUAGGCCCGAUAGUCUGAGCCCUUACUCAGAGUUCGGGGAACCAACAGUUGCAGGCGGUCCUUUGCCGUCUAUUAACGAGGAGCACGAUUUAUCGGAUGACUACGAAGACCCAGAAGACCCGGAUGAUCUGGACGAUCUGAAUGACUUGGGAGACCACCCAGACCUCGACCGAGAUUUCGAGGCGGAAGAAAGAAGUAGGCUAAAGGUGACGCAGUGGUACAGUUCUCAGGUAUCAAAAUCCGAUCUCACACCAGACGACACCAGGACGGUCUUAUCCAUGGCCCAUCCCGCAUUUCGGCCUCCGGCAGAUUUCAGUCAUAUGUCAGCUGCCCCUUCUCCUCUCAAUAUACGGAGGUAUCGCUCGCGCAGCGCGCCGUCAAUCCAAGCUGCCGCCACCGACAGCGUCUGGACCGACGUUACGGUGUACACCGCGGACAACCUGGGGGACGACGCGCCGCCCGUGCCGGAGAUCCCGUCGCAGUACAGGCGUAACAGUACCAAUCGUCUCAACAAUAACGACGGCGACGGCCGUCCUCCAAGAACCCGCUCGCCAACCCGUCGGCCUGCUACCGCGUUAGGUCACCAUCGCCCGAGCCAAAACCCUAGACAAUCCACAAGCUCGUCGGUGUAUUCCUCGGACCAACGAGCGGAUGCGGGCAGCAACUUGCUGAGAAGAUUUCUGACUGGCGAAUCGGAGGUUACGGUUACGAGGGGCACUCGCCCGAGGAAUAGGACUGUUGGCGACAGGGAUACGCAGGGAUACACGGCUAUCCUGCCGCAUCGGAGCCGCUUCGCGAGUUCGGUGCCUGAUUUGCCUUCUCCCGAGCGUGAUAGCCACGACCACGACCACGACGAUGGUCAUAGUCGUAGCAAUGAGCGUGGUGGCCAAAAUCAUGAUCGUAGCCAUCGCCAUCAUCAUCGCCACCACCAUGGCCAAGACCACGGCAGCAGUAGCCGCCAUCGCAGUCAUACUCGUGACCGUGGUGGCAGCAGUCAUAGUCAUAGUCAUAGUCACAGCCAUAGCCGCACCCGUAGUCGUAGCGACGCUGCUGCCGGGAGCCGGAGCUCGUCACGGACCCGCGCGGCGUCCCCCUGCCCCGAGGACGAGGAUGACGGCCUGGCGCCGGAAGACUCGCAUAGUGUUGCGUUUUGGCGACAGCCGAGGUGAGGUGAUCUCGAUAAGUUAGCUGUUCUUUCUUUCUUCUGGCCGUGUGGCUAGAGAUGAAUGAAAUACAAUGAGAUGGUGGGGGGGCGCUAUAUAGUAUAACAUUUCGUUAUUGCGUUGGGAUAUCUAAGGUCGUUGACGUUAUAUACCUCAUAUACAUAGGUACCUAUAUAUACAUGCAUAUAUAUACCUUAUACCUAGGUAUGUAUGUGUUGGACGACGUAGAUCUUACGGACUGAGAUAGUUGGCUAUUUAGCGUUUCUUGUUUGUUACCUACCCUACCAGCUUGUGCAAAUUGCGUUAGUACACGGAUAACAUAAUAUAAUAUAAUAUAAUAUAAUAAAAUAUUAA